UCAAAGGUGCCGUCGAGGAGAUAGAGGGACUUUUCUUUUUUUUCUUCCCUCCUUCGUUGUGGGGAAGUUUGUAGCGGGUUUUGUUACGAACACGGACCCGCAAAGACCGACUCUCAUUUCAGUGUCUGCAGCUGCUAAACAGCUACCAUGACAGACGCAGACAAGUACCUGUACGGGGACCGGAGUGCCAUCAGUGACCCUCUGGCCCAGGCGGACUGGGCCUCAAAGAAGCUGGUAUGGGUCCCCUCUGGAAAAUGUGGCUUUGAGGCUGGAUCCAUCAAGGAGGAGCAUGGAGACGAGUGCAUGGUGGAGCUGACUGACUCUGGCAAGAAGGUGAAGGUGAACAAGGAUGACAUUCAGAAGAUGAACCCACCCAAGUUCAACAAAGUGGAGGACAUGGCAGAGCUCACGUGUCUGAACGAAGCAUCAGUGCUGCACAACCUUAAGGAGAGAUACUACUCUGGUCUCAUCUAUACGUACUCUGGCCUCUUUUGUGUGGUGGUGAAUCCAUACAAGCACCUUCCUAUUUACACAGAAGACAUUGUGAACAUGUACAAGGGCAAGAAGAGGCACGAGAUGCCACCUCACAUCUACGCCAUCACAGACACUGCCUACAGGAGCAUGAUGCAGGAUCGUGAAGAUCAAGCCAUCCUUUGCACUGGGGAGUCUGGAGCUGGAAAAACAGAAAAUACCAAAAAAGUUAUUCAGUAUCUUGCUCAUGUUGCCUCAUCUUUCAAGUCAAAGAAGGAUCAGGGCAGUACAGUUUUGUCACAUGGAGAGUUGGAGAAACAGCUGCUGCAGGCAAACCCCAUCCUGGAGGCUUUCGGCAAUGCCAAGACGGUCAAGAAUGACAACUCCUCACGAUUUGGAAAAUUUAUCAGAAUAAAUUUUGAUGUCAAUGGAUACAUUGUUGGUGCCAACAUUGAAACUUACUUACUGGAAAAGUCUCGAGCCAUCAGACAAGCUAAAGAGGAGCGGAGCUUCCACAUCUUCUACUACUUGUUAUCAGGAGCUGGAGACAAACAGCGCUCUGACUUGCUUCUGGAGGAUUACAGCAAGUACCGUUUCCUGUCCAACGGAAAUGUGACAAUUCCUGGUCAACAGGACAAGGACAUGUUUGCUGAGACCACGGAAGCCUUUCAGAUCAUGAGCAUCCCAGAAGAGGAAAGAAUGGGUCUACUGAAGGUAGUGUCAGCUGUGUUGCAGCUGGGCAACAUGACUUUCAAGAAGGAACGUCACUCUGACCAGGCUUCCAUGUCCGAUGACACUGCUGCUCAGAAAGUUUGUCAUCUGUUGGGCAUCGCAGUGACAGACUUCACACGAGCCAUCCUCUCUCCCAGAAUUAAGGUUGGCAGGGACUAUGUCCAGAAGUCCCAGACACAGGAGCAAGCAGAGUUUGCAGUCGAGGCUCUGGCCAAAGCUUCAUAUGAGAGGAUGUUCCGCUGGCUGGUUAUGAGAAUUAAUAAAGCCCUCGACAAAACCAAGAGACAGGGGGCCUCCUUCAUUGGCAUCCUAGAUAUUGCUGGAUUUGAAAUUUUUGAGUUGAAUUCAUUUGAGCAACUGUGCAUCAACUACACCAAUGAGAAGCUGCAGCAACUCUUCAACCACACAAUGUUUAUCCUGGAGCAAGAAGAGUACCAGAGAGAGGGCAUAGAGUGGAGCUUCAUUGACUUUGGCCUUGACCUACAGCCCUGUAUUGAUCUUAUUGAAAAACCUUCCAGUCCUCCAGGAAUCUUGUCCCUGCUGGAUGAAGAGUGCUGGUUUCCCAAAGCCACAGACAAGACCUUUGUGGCCAAGGUGGUUCAGGAGCAGGGCACACACCCAAAGUUCCAGAAGCCCAAGAAACUAAAGGAUGAUGCAGAUUUCUGCAUUAUUCACUAUGCUGGAAAGGUGGACUACAAAGCCAAUGAGUGGCUGAUGAAAAACAUGGAUCCUCUGAACGAAUGUGUGGCCACUCUGCUCAACCAGUCAACAGAUAAAUUCACUGCUGACCUUUGGAAGGAUGUGGACCAUAUUGUUGGAAUGGAUAAGAUGGCAGGAAUGGCUGACUCGCAUGGUGCAUUCAAAUCCCGCAAGGGCAUGUUCCGCACGGUGGGCCAAUUGUACAAGGAGCAGUUGGGUAAUCUCAUGACCACGCUUAGGAAUACCAACCCCAACUUUGUCCGCUGCAUCAUUCCCAACCAUGAGAAGAAGGCUGGAAAACUGGAGCCUCACCUGGUUCUGGACCAACUGAGGUGCAAUGGGGUCCUGGAAGGUAUUCGGAUUUGUAGACAGGGCUUCCCCAACCGUAUAGUAUUCCAGGAGUUCAGACAGAGGUAUGAAAUUCUCACUCCAAAUGCCAUUCCAAAGGGCUUCAUGGAUGGCAAGCAAGCCUGUGCACUCAUGAUCAAAGCCUUGGAGCUGGACCCCAACCUUUACCGCAUCGGUCAGAGUAAAGUGUUCUUUAGAGCAGGUGUUCUGGCACACCUGGAGGAGGAGAGAGACUUGAAGAUCACAGAUGUCAUAAUCAGCUUCCAGGCCUGGUGCAGAGGAUAUCUGGCUCGCAAAGCAUUUGCCAAGAGGCAGCAGCAGCUGACAGCCAUGAGGGUUAUCCAGAGGAACUGUGCUGCUUACCUCAAGCUCAGAAACUGGCCGUGGUGGAGACUUUUCACAAAGGUCAAGCCUCUCCUGCAAGUGUCCCGGCAAGAAGAGGAGAUGCUGGCUAAAGAGGAGGAGCUGAGCAAGGUGAAGGAGAAACAGCAGAAAGCUGAGGAGCAGCUCAAGGAUUAUGAAAUAAUGCACCAACAGCUAUCUGCUGAGAAGUUGGCUCUUCAGGAACAGCUCCAAGCAGAAACAGAGCUGUGUGCAGAAGCAGAGGAGAUGAGGGCCCGUUUGGCCACCAGGAAACAAGAGCUGGAGGAGAUCCUCCAUGACCUUGAGUCCCGCCUAGAGGAGGAGGAAGAGAGGUCCACACAGCUGCAAACCGAGAGGAAGAAAAUGCAACAGAACAUCACGGAGUUGGAGCAGCAACUGGAUGAGGAGGAAGCGGCCAGACAGAAGCUGCAGAUAGAGAAAGUCACCACAGAUGCCAAGCUGAAGAAGUUGGAAGAAGACAUCAUGAUGCUGGAUGACCAGAACAGCAAACUCAACAAGGAAAAGAAACUGCUUGAGGAGAGGGUCUCUGAAUUCACCACAAACUUGACUGAGGAAGAAGAAAAGUCCAAAAGCUUACAGAAGCUCAAGAAUAAACAUGAAGCCAUGAUCACAGAGUUGGAGGAUCGUCUUAGAAAGGAGGAAAAACAACGUCAGGAGCUGGAGAAAAACCGUCGCAAAUUGGAAGGAGAUUCCACUGAGCUCAAUGACCAGAUUGCAGACCUGCAGGCUCAAAUUGCUGAACUUCGAGCACAACUAGCAAAGAAAGAAGAGGAGCUCCUUGCUGCUUUGGCCAGGAUAGAAGAAGAAGCUGCAGCAAAGAACACUGCUCAGAAGAAAAUCAGGGAACUGGAGGCCCAAAUCUCUGAACUGCAGGAAGACCUGGAGUUAGAGAGGCAGGCUCGAUCGAAGGCUGAAAAACACCGACGGGAUCUGGGAGAGGAGCUGGAGGCCCUUAAGACUGAACUAGAAGACACAUUGGACUCCACAGCAGCACAGCAAGAACUGAGGAGUAAACGUGAGACAGAAGUUGCCCAGCUUAAGAAAACACUGGAUGAAGAAGCAAAGGUCCACGAACAGCAGAUGGCUGAAAUGAGACAAAAACACAAUCAGGCUUUUGAUGAAAUCAAUGAACAGCUGGAACAAGCCAAAAGGAACAAAGCAUCAGUGGAGAAGAGCAAGCAGGCCCUUGAGAGUGAAUGGAAUGAGCUGCAGAUUGAGCAAAAGACUCUGACCCAAGGCAAAGCAGACUCUGAACAUCGUCGGAAGAAGGCUGAAGCACAGGUUCAAGAACUCCUGGCCAAAUUUGAGCAAAGUGAACGACAGAAACAAGAGUUGACAGAAAAGAAUGCAAAAAUGCAGUCAGAGGUGGAGAAUCUAACUGGUCUACUAAAUGCAGCAGAGGGCAAGAACAUCAAAUUCAACAAAGACAUCUCUACACUGGAGUGUCAGCUGCAGGAUACUCAGGAGCUGCUCCAAGAGGAAACCCGUCAGAAACUUUCCUUCUCCAGCCGCCUACGGCAGAUGGAGGAUGAGGGGAACAAUUUGCGGGAGAUGCUGGAAGAAGAGGAAGAGAGCAAGAAGAAUGUGGAGAAGCAAGUUUCUACUCUCCAGACUCAGCUGGCAGAAAUGAAGAAAAAGGCAGAACAGGACACCUUGUCAGCAGAGGGGGCUGAGGAGGGCCGCAAACGAGUCCAACGGGAGUUGGACAGUGUUCAGCAGCAGCUGGAGGAGAAAAGUUCAGCCUAUGACAAACUGGAUAAGACAAAAACCCGUUUGCAGCAGGAGCUGGAUGACCUCAUGGUGGACCAGGACCACCUUCGGCAGAUUGUCUCCAAUCUGGAGAAAAAGCAAAAGAAGUUUGACCAGAUGCUGGCCGAAGAGAAAUGCAUUUCUACUCAAUAUGCAGAGGAGCGUGACCGUGCCGAAGCGGAGGCCAGGGAGAAGGAAACAAAAGCGCUGACCCUGGCAAGAGAGUUAGAAACUCUUACAGACCUGAAAGGUGAACUUGACCGGACCAAUAAAGUGCUCAAGGCUGAGAUGGAUGACUUGGUCUCAUCAAAGGAUGACGUUGGAAAGAGUGUUCAUGAGCUGGAGAAGUCCAAGCGUGCCAUGGAGCAGCAACUGGAGGAGAUGAAAAUUCAGCUGGAGGAGCUGGAGGAUGAGUUACAGGCCACAGAAGAUGCCAAACUGCGUCUGGAGGUCAACUUGCAGGCCAUGAAGGCCCAGUUUGAGCGGGACCUGCAGGGCAGAGAUGAGCAAGGAGAGGAAAGGAGGAAGCAGCUGGUCAAACAGGUGCGUGAGAUGGAGAUAGAACUGGAGGAUGAACGCAGGCAACGUUCCCAAGCCCUCUCUGCCAAGAAGAAACUGGAGCUGGAUCUGGGAGAGCUUGAAGUCCACCUUGAAGGUGCUAAUAAGAGUCGCGAUGAUGCCUUAAAGCAGCUGAAGAAACUGCAGGCCCAAGUGAAAGAUCAGAUGAGAGAACUGGAAGAGCUGCGUAUGUCCAGGGAUGAAGCAGUUAAUAAUAUCAAAGACAGUGAGAAGAAGCUUAAAGCCAUGGAGGGAGACAUGCUACACACCCAGGAGGAGCUGUCUACUGCAGAUAGACUCAGGAAACAGGCUCAGGGUGAGAGAGAUGAGCUCCAAGAUGAGAUUAACAGUCUCAACACAAAAAGUUCCCUGUUGGCAGAGGAGAAGAGGCGGCUGGAAGCUCAUAUAACCCAGCUGGAGGAAGAGCUAGAGGAGGAGAAGCUCAACAUCGAGAUGGUCAAUGACCGCAUGAAGAGAUUAGCGUUGCAGGUUGAGCAGCUCACGACAGAGCUGUCUUCAGAGCGCAGUAAUGCUCAGCUCCUGGAGACAGGCCGUUCCCAGUUGGAGCGUCAGAACAAGGAGCUGAAACUAAAGCUGCAGGAGGUUGAAGGAACAAUCAAGUCCAAGUAUAAAUCCAACAUUGCCACGCUGGAUGCAAAGAUCGCACAGCUGGAAGAACAGCUUGACACCGAGUCUAAGGAACGCCAGCAGGCUUCCAGGCUGUCCAGACGCACAGAGAAGAAAUUGAAAGAGAUCCUGCUGCAGGUUGACGAUGAGCGGCGUAACUCGGACCAAUACAAAGAUCAGGUUGACAAGCUGAACAGUCGAACACGUCAGCUGAAGCGGCAGCUCGAAGACACUGAGGAAGAGUUGACACGAGCCAAUGCCUACCGUAGGAAGCUGCAAAGAGAGCUGGAUGACCUCACAGAGUCAGCAGAUGCCGUGAACCGUGAAGUCAGCAGCCUGAAGAGCAAGCUCAGACGUGGAGACCUUCCUUUAACCACACGACGUACCAUGAAUCGCUCUGGACUAGAGGAAGACAUCGACGAUGACGAUGUAACUCUGCCAGCUGAACCUUCUGAGUCUGUGCCUGAGUGAACGAAGUGCACACAGGAAAAUAUUGACCCGCCUGUCUGCGGGCAUGUCACUUCCCCGACGUAUAGCCUUACUGCUACUGUGUAUAAAAUGCAUUUAAUCUGGCCAAAUAUCUCAUGAAUUUCAUUGUAGGUGACAGCUGUUUGUCCCUACAAGGGGUUUAAUGUGUAACUUUUGGUCUGUCUAUUUGGGUAUACGGUUUCUAAUGUUCUGCGAACAAGCGCUCGCUUUGAGGUUUGUCCUGUUACCAUUGUGGUCAUUUCAUACCAAUUUUUUUUUUUUUAACCCUCUCCCUUUGGUCAAGUGAACUUGGGUGGUCUGUUUUGAUACUGAAACUGGUUCAGUGCCAGUCACUCUAGAAUAUCAGUACUGUAUGCAGUUAUAGUCACUGUCAGCAGCUAACAUUUCACACUGCAACAUGUAAUCGCACAAGACUGGAUUAUGUUCAUGUUUUGAUAGUUAAAGACAGCAGCUAUGGAGAACCUGUUACAAUGAUCAGUAACAGCUGAUGGUUUACAUGUUUAUGGUGGUGGGUCAUCAUGUAGCGCUCACUGCGUACUAUAGUCUUUGCUUUGCACAUUUGUAGCAACACAGUCUUGCCACAAUUUUAACCAAGCAGCGUAUUAAAAAAGCGACCUGUUGAUGCCAACCUUGUCUGUUCUGUAUUCUCAGGUGCCUUAAAACAAUAAAUUGAUCUGCAGACA